AACGCUCGCGGUUCCCACAUCCUCUUUAAAUUGAACCUCUGGCACAGACAGUGCUAUAGAAGUUUAUAUUGAGAAACCCGUUUAGGUCUAGAGAGAAGUGAUUUCUAUCUUCUGAAACCACGGCUGCAAACUGUGCAGUAAAAGUGAGGAGGGAAGCAGCAGGGCACCGAUGGCCCUAACAAUUACGGGGACCUGGCUAUGCCAGGCGCUCGUCUGCUUUUCUGUGAUAUCAUCUGGUUAUGGUGCCAGUGAUUAUAUGAGUCAAUUUAGCCAAUAUGAUGGGGAGCAAGGGGAUUAUCCCGUAGGACAAGGCGAUUAUCAAUCGGACUAUGGACAUCCUGGUGGCAUGGACAUACUAGGAAAUAUAUGCGAAUUUCCAAUAACACCUAAGAAUUCUCGGAUCGAGUGCUCAACGACUGGUGACAACGUGAAGAAACGCUGUAAAGCGACCUGUCACGAUGGUUACCACUUCCCCACGGGAGAAACUCAGUUAGUAAGCGAGUGUAACAGCUACAUAGGCCGGUGGGAACCUGUGAGUUCCUUCCCCGACUGUGAAGCCGUAUGUGACAUAGACUGCUUGAAUGAUGGUAAAUGCCAGCAUAAUCAAUGCGUCUGUCCAGCCAAGUUCAGAGGAGAUCGGUGCCAGUACCCCACUUCCAACUGUGGUACCAAGACACUGGGCUUUAUUGGCCACAUAUCAUGCACUCACACUCAGCGAGAAAGCUCCUGCAAGGUGUCCUGUCCUCAGGGCUAUCAAUUUGAAACGCCGGUUACCAAAACCUACGUGUGUGACUUGGAGGGAACUUGGAAUCCACCAUCUGUACCUAGGUGUCUUCCCACCGAUUCGUUUCUCACAUCCGCUAAUGACAUCGUACUUGGUGAGGCACCGUCAAGAUAUGUAGGCACCUGCAGCAGCUGGGGGCAGACUCACUAUAGGACGUUUGAUGGCAGAAACUUCAGCUUUAGGGGUCAGUGCACAUACGCAUUGGCCAAAGACUGUGUCGACAGCUCAUUCUCCAUCCAUGUCGCUAAUGACGACAACUGCUCAGACACGCAUCGAUGCAAGCGAAUCGUGAAAGUCUAUGCUGCUGGAAUUGAAGUAAUCCUCCAAAAUAACCCAAUAACAGGAUUUCCAGGGGCUUACGUGAAUGGCAAGAACAUAGCGAUUCCCGUGACAGUAAAUGGUCUUCUUCUGGAGAAGACAGGAGGCUUGAUUAUUAUGGAAAGUGACUUCGGUUUCAGACUGCGGUGGGACACAAAGGAAGCUGUCUUUAUUGACGUAACGAGCGCCCUUGCGCACAAGACGUGCGGUUUGUGCGGCGUAUUCGACGAAAAUCGCGCCAAUGACUUCACCACCAUUGAAGGCCGCGUAGCAGCAUCGCCUCUGGAUUUUGCCACUAGCUGGAAGAUGAACCCUGCCGAAGAUCAAUGUCCAAAUACGGAGAACGUAGAGAAUGAGUGCAGUAGCGUCGUUGCCAGGGGUGACAUGAGUAUCGCACUAAAUGCUGGCACCUCCUGUAACCGGCUAAGGUCUACGGAGUACGCCGCGUGCCACGACGUCUUAGAUCCUACUUUCUACAUUGAAUCGUGCCAGCGGGACACGUGCAAGUGUGGCAUGGAAAGGGAUGACUGCUUCUGCUUCAGCUUCGAGGCGUAUUUCCGCGAAUGUUUCCGUAUGAAUCCAUCGUUAGCAUUCACGUGGCGAAAGACGGAUCUGUGCCCGAUGGAUUGCUCCGCUGGCAUGGAAUACAACUCGUGCGGCACGUCGUGCCCCAGAUCGUGUCGAGGUCAGGUUUAUGACUGCGAGGAUGAUCACUGUGUAGAGGGGUGUCAUUGCCCCUCUGGGUCAGUCCUACUUGAUGGUAGGUGUGUUCGACAGGUGGAAUGUCCCUGCUUCUACCAAGGAACCGACUAUCCAUCUGGUUCUACUAUCGAUCAAGACUGCAAUCGUUGUGAGUGUGCAGGAGGCAGGUGGCUAUGCACAGCGAAGAAAUGUGAAGCACGUUGCAGUGUAGUCGGAGCCCACUUCACGACAUUUGACGGCACUAAAUACAGUUUCCGAGGAUCCUGUACCUAUUACCUAAUACAUAACGACACCUUCUCCGUGGAAUUAGCAAAUCCUGCAUGUGAGAUCGGUGACAUCUCAUGCGUGCGACAUCUGACAGUCCGCUAUAAUGGCAAUAUAAUCAAGUUGGGGGACAACAGAAUGGUGACAGUCAAUGGAGAGAGUGUUACGCAGUUCCCAUUCCAAAGUCUUGGCUCUUACGUCAGUGCUACCUCCAGCUUCACAAAAGUUGACCUAGGAGUGGGACUGAGCAUUCUGUGGGAUGGCAGGAGUAUUGUCUACAUCGAUGCAACUGAGAACCUCAUUGAUCAAGUAGCGGGUUUAUGUGGGACAUUCAAUUUCAAAAACAUUGAUGAUUUUACGACUCCCGAAGGUCAUUUGGAGGCAGACGCUGAGGCAUUUGCCACAAGGUGGCAAAAGACUUCUGAUUGCCAGGUACACGAGGUGCUACCGUCGCGAGAUGCCUGCGACCUGUACGAACAGAGAAGAGCCCUCGCUGACUCUACGUGCUCGGUGCUGAAAAGUGAACUCUUUUCAGCCUGCCAUCGCAUUGUCGACGUCACGGACUAUUUCAUUGACUGUCGUCAAGAUAUAUGUCGUAGCAAGGACCAGCUGAAGGAGAGCCUGUGCCCGAUAUUGGCACUAUACGCUAGCGCUUGCGCAAACCGCGGAGUUAUACUCAAGUGGCGUAAUCACGUAGAUACUUGCGCACUGCAAUGCACCGGAGGUCAGGAGUAUUCCGAAUGCACCAGCGACUGCACUGCCACCUGCAGCAACAUUGCGAGCAACGCUGUCUGCUCUAGACACUGCGUGGAGGGAUGCGAAUGCCCCGAAGGAGAAGCGCUCGAUGUAAAUGGUCACUGCAUCCCGAUCAUGACGUGUCCUUGCACACAUUCGGGCAAGGAAUAUCCUGCCGGUGCCGAUAUUGACAUUCAGGGCAGUCUGUGCACCUGUCAAGCUGCCCAGUGGAGAUGUGCUAACGUUGGCGAUAGCCAGGUGGAGGACACCUCUGGCACGUCUUCAAACCUGCUCCGCUGCGGUGAUUUCAUGGAGUUCACCAAGUGCAUAAGUAACUGUCCGGUCACCUGCCGAGCCUACGCCAACGCACCAGAGUGCAGCACGGUCGUUUGCCGGGACGGCUGCCAAUGCAUAAAGGGAUAUGUUUUAGAUGGAGAUGUAUGUGUACGACCAAGCAAUUGCAAAUGUAUGCAUGGCGGUGCCACAUACAACCGAGAUGAUCAGAUUAAGAUUGACUGCAAUUCAUGCGUGUGCCAGGCAGGUGGAGUGUGGAGUUGCACCGAGCAAGAGUGCUACGGCGUAUGCCAUGUGUACGGCGAGUCGCACUACAGAAGCUACGAUCAGAAAGAGUUCCGCAUGCAAGGGGAGUGCACGUACGUGAUGGCGAAGUCAGCGGAUGGCGUCGCCGCCGAGCAAGCCUUCAGGGUCACCGUAGAAAAUAUCGAAUGCGGAUCGGGCGGCACAACAUGCAGCAGGACUGUUAUCAUACAGCUAGGUGGCAAGAAAGUGGUUCUACAGAGGGACAGACCCGUAGUGGCAUUCCGUGACGAUAUAGUGACGGUGAAAGAGGUGGGACUCUACGUGAUAGUACAAAGCAACAUUGGCGUCUCUGUUGAGUGGGACAAAGGAACAUCGGUGUAUGUCCGUCUGAGCCCGAGGUGGAAGACCAGAGUUAACGGUCUCUGCGGAAACUACAAUGGAAACGCACAGGAUGACUUCACCACUCCAGCUGGCGGCCCCCCACUUGCAUUGGCAACAGAGUUUGCGGACAGCUGGCGUGUGUAUGAACACUGUCUUCCCUCAAAGGCAAUAGAGGACACUUGUCGCUUGUUUCCUCACCGCAAAGCGUGGGCACAGCGACGGUGCGGAGUCAUAGCAUCUGAGGUGUUUUCAGAUUGCCACAGUUUGGUACCUCCUGAAUCAUAUAUGGACAGGUGUGUGUUUGACUCCUGCGCAUGUGACACGGGUGGCGAUUGCGAGUGCCUUUGUACGGCGAUAGCGGCUUACGCACGCGCCUGCAGCGUUGCUGGACUUCCCAUAAAGUGGCGAACACAGGAACUUUGCCGUAGACGUCUCUUUUGCCAGAACAGAAAGAUUAAGUGCAUCGGUAAUCCAUGCACAACUACUCAAGCUACUACCACGCGAACCACAACUGAGCCACCUGUCAGUACGGUUAUUGUCACGCCGGACAAUAGCAUCUCAGAAUGCGGCUGGUCACAGUGGAGCAAUACCCAUCGCAGGACAACUAUUCCCACGGGAGGUGACGUCGAGCGCAUAGAUGAAAUCCUAGCAAGCCAGCCAGAUUACUGCCCAAACGGAGAAAUAAUCGACAUUGCUUGCAGAAUUACCAACACUGGCAUCUAUGCAAAUGUUUCAGGACAGGUUGUUACAUGCAACCUCGAUGAAGGUUUAGCUUGCAAAAACAGCGAUCAGAAAUUCGGCAAGCCUUGUUAUGACUUCGAGGCACAGGUGUUCUGUGACUGCAAUCCUCGGACAACCACAAAACCACCAACUACGACAAAAAAAGUACCAGGAUGGACCACAAUAGAUACUAGUGGAAUCACGUGCACACCUGGUUGGACUGCGUGGCUUAACUUCAGUAGCCCCUACACAAAACCUGGAUUCCAGGAGAGGGAAGGUGUCGAGGAGAUACGCAAGCACUUUAAGUUUUGCUCGGAAGAUGAGGUAGAGAUCGUGCAGUGUCGCGACGCAGUCACCAAACUCAACUACCUGGACACAGAUGAUAUUGGGGUUACGUGUGAGAAGAAUGGCGUAAGCUGCCUGAACCUUCAGCAACAGGACGGCCUCUGCUCCGACUACGAAAUUCGCUUCUUCUGCAAGUGUUCAACAGACACAUGCGAGUCACCUUUGAACAUCGCAAGUCAAUUUGCGACAGAUACGACGUUAUCAAGUAGUAGCCUCAAACGUCGUUCUCAACUGAGUUACAUUGAAGUAAAUAACACAAAAGGAGCAUGGUCACCAGCUGUUGACGAUAGGCAACAAUGGAUACAGGUCUCGUUUGAAAACGUGAUGACUAUCAAGGGAAUACUAGUACAAGGUAGCCCGGUUGCUGACGAAUGGGUUACUAAAUACUUGGUACAAUUCAGUGUGGAUGGAAGCAACUUUCAAUAUGUAUCAGUGUCAGGCGUUGCACCGCAGAUAUUCGAGGCUAACUUUGACCGCGACACUAUUGUGACAAACACGUUCCUUCUGGACAUUGGCGCUGCACACAUCCGUAUUGUGCCAGUCGAGUGGAAUGGUGGCAUUUCCAUGAGAGCUGAACUAAUUGGCUGCAACAACAACAAUGACAUGACAACACUGAGGCCACCUGUUACCGUGACUACAGAGCUUGAGAAGGAGCCGACUUCGACUCUAUCUCCAGAAUGUGUGGAUGGCUGGACGCAGUGGAUGGACUCCGAUACGCCAUUCGACAAUCAGCCAUUCGAGCGACAAAUCGGCGUUGGUGACAACGAACUCAUUAGUCAACUCAGAUUGGAAUACGCAUUCUGCGAACUACCCAUUGAUGUCGAGUGUCGAACACGAGACGACCAAGUGCCGUCGGACCUGACGAGAGAGCAAGUGACUUGUGACGCCGACACUGGGUUCUCCUGUCUUAAUAAUCAGCAGUACGACAACGAGUGUGAAAACUACGAAGUGCGCUUCUUUUGCCAGUGCAACCCUCCACUGACUCGUCCCUCUACCACCCUCUCACCCACGACUACAACAUCUGGAAGUAACAUCGUGAGCUGUCUGAAGCAUGGCUGGUCGGAAUGGAUGAACUCCAACGAUGCAGAAGUUCACCCGUUGGGAGACAUUGAGGACAUUAACAAACUGAGGCAGCAGUUCCCAUUGUGCCAAGUAGAAAACAUGGAAGACAUCCAAUGUCGCGUCGCUGGUACAAAAAUCAGCCACUUGGUGAGUGGCUACAACGUCCGCUGUGAUGUAUUGCUGGGAUUGCGCUGUAUCAACGAGGAACAGGUAUUUGGCCCCCGGUGUCCCGACUUCGAGAUCUCUGUCUACUGCAACUGCCUGGAGACGACAUUGGUCACCAGAGAGACACUGACGACGACAGAAGGAACAUCUACUCUCACCAAAACCACCUACUCAACACAAACGCGAAGGACCACACAGUCGACAGUGACAAGUCAGACAACAACGGCGAACACACCUCCUCUGACCUGUGCCAGUUCUAUGAACGUUCGUGAUGAUGGAGAAAUCAGGGACGACCAGAUUACAGCAAGCACAUCAAAGAAGAAUUAUCCACCACAUCUAGGAAGAUUAGAUGGGCGCACCGGAUGGCGACCGAGAGUAAAAGAUGAUCAGCAGUAUAUAGAAGUCCGCUUUGACCAGCGGACAAUGAUCACUGGUGUAGAAACUCAGGGACAUGCGACCUUCGAUGAGUGGGUCACUGGCUACCAAGUGUCAUACAGCGUAACUGGAUUGGAGCCAUUUAUAUACUACAGGGAAUCUGCAGACCUCACCCCCAAAGUAUUCUCAGCUAAUGAUGAUCAAAAUACAGGCGUCACGAACUGGUUCAAUCGAGAAAUCGCGGUUCGCGCAGUGCGUCUUCACCCGCUCACAUGGAAGAAAGGCAUUGGGCUACGUAUGGAGCUGUAUGGGUGCAUCGUGGCGACGCCUGGAACCACCACAGCACGUCCUAUCAGCACGCUGACAACAAGAAGAACACUGAGGCCACAAAGAACGACUGCGACAACUGAGAGACCAUCUGUGUGUGAACUGCCCAUGAACAUAAACGAUACUACUGUGGUGAGAGACAACCAGAUGCUAGCCUCUACAGAGGAAGACUUGUACCCAGCGUAUGAUGGAAGAUUAAACUCGCCUUCUGGCUGGGUGCCAAGGAUUCACAAUUCGAACCAAUAUAUUGAGGUUCGCCUUAAUGAGCCAACGGAGAUCUCAGGAGUUGUAACACAGGGACACAAGGAGCUUCCCUACUGGGUCACUAACUACAGGGUAUCCUACAGCGUUGAUGGACGAGACACCAGCUACUAUAGUGAUUCACCUGAUGGUAAUCCUAAAGUGUUUACAGCUAACACGGAUCAGGAAACGCCCGUGACAAACCUAUUUACUAGAGACAUUCUCAUCCGUGUCCUUCGUAUCCACCCGGUAACAUGGAAGGAUGCCAUUGGCAUGAGGUUCGAACUUGUUGGCUGCAAUCCUCUUGAGGCUAACAUCAUAUACAGCACCAACCGCCCUGUUGAGACUGCAACCACUAGAAGAACAUUUAGACCAAAGACGACGACUGCAGCAACUGAGAGGCCAUCGGUGUGUGAAUACCCCAUGAACAUAGACGAUAACGCUGUUGUGAGAGACAAUCAGAUCAUAGCCACAACAGAGGAAGCCCUAAAUCCAGCAUAUGAUGGAAGAUUGAACUCGCCUUCUGGAUGGGUGCCAAGGAUUCAAGAUGUGAAUCAAUAUAUUGAGGUUCGCCUUCCCGAACCAACGGAGAUCUCAGGAGUUGUAACACAAGGACACAAUGAGCGACCUUACUGGGUCACCAACUACAGGGUAUCCUACAGCGUUGAUGGUCGAGCACCAUUCACAUACUACAGUGACUCCCCAGAUGGAAACCCUACAGUAUUUACAGCUAACACGGACCAGGAUACACCAGUUACUAACUUGUUCACCCGGGACAUUCCCAUCCGUGUUGUUCGUAUCCAUCCUGUCACAUGGAAUGAUGGUAUCGGCAUGAGGUUUGAACUACUUGGCUGUUAUCCUCUUGAGGUGAGCACCGUCUACACCACAAGCCCCCCUGUUGAGACUGUAACUACUAGAAGAACAUUUAGACCACGGUCGACGACUGCAACAACUGAGAGGCCAACGGUGUGCGAAUACCCCAUGAACAUAGACGAUAACGCUGUUGUGAGAGAUAACCAGAUCAUAGCCACAACAGAGGAAGCCCUGAAUCCAGCAUAUGAUGGAAGAUUGAACUCGCUUUCGGGAUGGGUUCCAAGGAUUCAAGAUGUGAAUCAAUAUAUUGAGGUUCGCCUUCACGAACCAACGGAGAUCUCAGGAGUUGUAACACAGGGACACAAUGAGCGUCCUUACUGGGUCACCAACUACAGGGUAUCCUACAGCGUUGAUGGUCGAGCACCAUUCACAUACUACAGUGACUCUCCAGAUGGAAACCCUACAGUAUUCACAGCUAACACGGACCAGGAUACACCAGUUACUAACUUGUUCACCAGGGACAUUCCCAUUCGUGUUCUUCGUAUCCACCCUGUCACGUGGAAUAAUGGCAUCGGCAUGAGGUUUGAACUGCUUGGCUGUUAUCCACUUGAGGUGAGCACCGUCUACACCACAAGCCGCCCUGUUGAGACUGUAACCACUAGAAGGACAUUUAGACCACGGACAACUACUGCAACAACUGAGAGGCCAUUAGUGUGCGAACAGCCUAUGAACAUAGAUGAUAAUGCUGUUGUGAAAGACAACCAGAUCAUAGCCACAACAGAGGAAGCCCUGAACCCAGCAUAUGAAGGAAGAUUGAACUCGCUUUCUGGUUGGGUGCCAAGGAAACAAGAUUUGAAACAGUACAUUGAGGUUCGCCUUCGCGAACCAACGGAGAUCUCAGGAGUUGUAACACAGGGACACAAUGAGCUUCCCUACUGGGUCACCAACUACAGGGUAUCCUAUAGCGUUGAUGGACGAGAACCAUUCACAUACUACAGUGACUCUCCCGACCAAAACCCAAAAGUGUUCACAGCUAACACGGACCAGCACACGCCUGUUACCAACAUGUUCACUAGAGACAUUCCCAUCCGUGUCCUUCGUAUCCACCCUGUAGACUGGUUCAAUGAGAUCAGCUUGAGGUUCGAAUUACUCGGUUGUCAACCUCUUGUGGCAAGUACUAUAUUCACCACACGCACUCCAACCAGCACUGUCACCACCAGAAGAACGGCGAGACCACGGACCACGACUGCAGCUGUGUGUCCGCCUGGCCUUGUCUACGAUGAAUGCCCAUACAGGUGCAAUCAACGUUGUCACUACUUCUACCAAACGAGCGAGGAGUGCAGGCAAUACGGAAGCACGGAAUGCGUACCAGGUUGUGUGCCAGACUGUCAGCCCCCUAACGUGUGGCGAGAUGAGCAAACGUGUGUAGCAAGUAAAGAGUGCACUUGCAGAAUGUUGGACGGAUCGGUGGCAGCGCCUGGCAAGGUUUGGUUUGACGGCGUCUGCGAAGAGUGUCGUUGCUGGAAUAACACAUUAGAAUGUUACACGCGCAAACAAUGCCACAACGUUACAGUAGAACCGCAGAUCAAGUGCAAUGAUACACUGAUAACUCUGGACACAAAGACGACAUCUACGUCUAGUCAAGAAGAGAUCGGUUUCACCCAUUCAGAUAACGGAGAGGGUGUGCAAUGGAUUGCAGAAAUCGAUGACACCAGGCAAUACUUGAUUAUUGAGCUAGAGGCAGAAGACAGCAUACGCUCUCUUAUCACUCAGGGACGUCCGUACGAAUCCAUUGCCUUCUCUGGAGGUCAAGUCACCUCCUUCUAUCUCAUGCAUAGUACUGACGGGUCUAAUUGGGAAGAAUACAUGGAGAAUGGCAGACCAAAGCUGUUUGAAGCCGAUACGAAACAUCCAGAUAUUCCGGUAACACACACGCUAAUGUCUAGCCGUGGAGAAUUUCUCAUUGCCAAGUACCUCAUGAUUAGACCAGCAACUUGGAAUAAUCACAUAGCCAUCAGAGCCUACGUUAUCGGCUGUUAUGAAGCUAUUGCUACAACAGUCACGACACCAGUGACAGAGUCUACGCCGCAACAGGUUCCAACUAAAUCUGGCUGCGAGUUUGAGACGCCCUAUGUGAAUCUCCAGCAUCCGUCGGCAGCGACGACUGGUGACUAUGAGCUGGUCUUUGACGUCGCUAGCGCCGCAGGUUUCUGCGAGUUUCCGAUCGGCAUUCUGUGUCGCGACAGCGUUACCAAGCUGUUUUACGACGAGACCGGGGAGGUGGUAACCUGUGACUUGGAAAUAGGUUUAGUGUGUAACGACAAUGACCAGAUUCCAGGCAAAUAUUGUUCUGACUACGAGGUUUCAAUUCGCUGCCCCAUUUGUGGACCGCAGCUGUGUCCAUUCGUGACUGAUGAUUCAAGCUGUCCCCGUAACUGUCCACCGGGUUAUGUUUGCGAUGGUCGCUCCUGCAUUGAUCCGAUUGACUGCGCCUGUGUCGUGGAAGGAAAGCGCUUUAAGGCGGGAGACAUUAUAGUAAAUACUAACUGUGAAAGCUGCUCCUGCUUUAGAGGAAGAGCCAGCUGCGUGCCGACGGAAUGUCCCGUCUGUGUGCGAGACCAGGUGGAAUACUUCAGCGAAGAUUGCGAGUGCAGCUGUGUCUGUCCUCCAAACUUAAUUGAGUGUCCUGCAAAUGGCAAGUGCAUCAGACCAGAAUAUUGGUGUGAUGGUACUCAGGACUGCGAUCAAAACGAGGAUGAGAUCGACUGUCCCGUGGAAUCCACGACUUCUCCUUCACCGCCCACGACUAGCGCACCAACUACCACCGUUGGACCGCAGCCCUUACCACCGACCUGCACAGUCAUCCGCAACAACUUCAAGACAUUUGAUGGGGUGAACUACUCGUAUGAGAUCUGUGAUCAUAUUCUGAUGGAGCAGCUCGACAAUACGGCCUUUUCUGUCUCAGUGCGCCUGCUCUGCCCGCAAGACAGCAACUCGCGCAGCGACUGUGUUAGUCAGCUGACGGUGGAGAUCGACAGCACUGUCAUACUGGUGCGACCGGACCUCAGCGUGCUCGUUAAUGAACUCUACUACACGCCCGACGAGCUGCAGCUACUCAGAAUCCCUCACGUCGUGAUCAAACACGUCGGCAAUCAGAUCAUCGUGCGCUCGCUGACGUACGGCUUCUCAGUACAGUGGGAUGCGUCGAUGGAGGCCACAAUAAAGAUCUUGGACAAGAGACAAUUGAUAGGCAAGGUUGCAGGGCUCUGCGGUUUUUACAAUGACGAGAAGCGAGAUGACUUCAUGAAACCAGACGGCACACGAUCGUUGUCAGUCAAACAAUUCGGCGACAGUUGGGGAAGCCAGAUCGGUUGCAUCCCGCAGCCUAAGUGUACCGAUGUAAUCAAUGCUAUCACCAGGAGUACUUGCGAUGCGCUCAGGGGCGCGCCGUUCUCAGACUGUCACAACUACGUGUCUCCGGAGGUGUUCAUCCGCGUGUGUGAGGAGGAGAUGUGCGAUUGUCUCGCCACGCUGAACAAUGUCAGCAAGAUCGUGGCGGAGCAAUGCAAGUGCAUUGCCUUUGAAAAGUACGCGCGCGCAUGCGCCAUCGAAGCCGCUUUGGACAUCGAGUGGAGAACGCUGCACAUGUGUGAACCUACUGAGUGCCCAACAAACGAGGUGUGGUCGGAUUGUGGCCCAGGCUGCGAACGCACGUGCGAUAACUGGAAUGAAGAAAACAUAGUGUGCGAUCUGAGCUGUGUACCUGGUUGCUAUUGCAAACCCGGACUUGUCCGAAAGGGGAGCACCUGCGUCCCACGAGACACGUGUCUUGACUGCAUCUGUAUUGCAUACGGAGAUCCUCACUACUACUCGUUUGACAACACAUACUUCUUCUUCAACGGCAACUGCACGUACGUCCUUGCGCGUGACACGGAGAAUCUCGACUUUGAAGUGUUGGCGGUGAAUGAGCAGUGCGAGGAGCAGCCAGAAACCACCUGCACUGUCGGCACCAUUGUCAACUAUCAAGGUCACACCGCCGAGAUAUACAGAGGUCCUCUGGUAUUAUUCGACGGGGUGCAGCUGCUAGAGAGUAACCUUCCCCACACAGCGUAUGGCAUAACAGUGAAACAUGUUGGCAUCCACUACAUUAUCGAAAUUCCUGAUAUCGAACUGGACGUUCGAUACACUGAGGAGAACUUCGGCGUGCAAGUGAAAGUGCCAUCUACUAUCUAUUUCAACAAGACGGAGGGAUUGUGUGGACCAUGCAACCACAACCGAUCGGACGAUUUGUUGACGAGUGAUGGCGUAAUCACUACUGACUCAGAUGAGUUCGGUUAUAGCUGGCUAGUGGAUCCCAAUGACCCCACAGUGAACUGUGAGGUGAAGCCGACACCAGAGUGUGACUACGGAAAUCCAACUACGAUGUGCGAUGCCAUCUGGAACGAGAACUUCAGGCGCUGCCACGCCAUUGUUGAUCCGAACCUCUAUUACGAGUCAUGCUUGAUCGACGUGAAGUGCACGCAGGACCCGAGUGCGCUGAACAGUACUAGCUGUUCUGCACUAUCUAUUUACGCCGGCAUCUGUGCUCUGAGUGGAAUCUGUCUUGACUGGCGAACGGAUGACAUUUGCCCGAUUAACUGCGAGGGCGAGUUGCAAUACCAGGAGUGUGGCUCCGUCUGUGAGAUGACUUGCGCUAACUAUGAACACUUUAAUCCUGAAAUCUGCAAGUCACCACCCGUCAGCGGUUGCUUCUGCCCACCUGGUCUUAUUGACGUGGAUGGCCAAUGCAAGGAGAUUGGAAGUUGUGAAGAGCCGUGCGACUCCGAAGGACAUAUUGUUGGAGACGAGUGGCGAGUGAAUGAAUGCACUGUGUGUAUGUGCACAGAGAGUGGCAAGGCCUGCACCCACGAGUUCUGUCCUCCUCCACCGUCAUGUAGCGAUAGCGAAAGACUGAACAAGUACGAGCUGCCGGGCAAGUGCUGCGCUGAAUACAACUGCGAGUGCGAUGAUCGGAAGUGUCCACCAGAGGUCUUACCUAUCUGCCCGUUCGACCAGAUUCAAAGCGUGGUUGCUCUGAAUCAAUGCUGCACAUCUGUCGUCUGUGUGUGCCCCGACGAGGCAACAUGCAGGGAGUCGGUGGUACCUACGAUUGAAGAGGGAGAGCAGAUUAUCAUCGAUGACAGAUACUGCUGCGAAACUUACUCCAAGAUCUGCAACGAGAGCCAAUGUGAUUCAGCACCUUUCUGCGGUGAAAGCAAGCAGUUGAUCCCAAACAAACCGGCUGACAAAUGCUGUCCAUCAUACGAGUGUCUGUGCAAUCCCAAUACAUGCCCACCGAUCGUUGUACCAAAGUGCGAGUUUGAUCAAGUGCCAGUGGAGGUCGUCAAUGCGGGAGGAUGCUGUCGUUAUUUCGAAUGCAAAUGUUCUCCAGACGCAAUGUGCCCUCUUCCCGAAACCCCAGAGCUGGAUAUAGGAGAGGUCUUACAGAGAGACAACAACUACUGCUGUGAGACGUACAUUAAAGUGUGUGUACCAGAUCAGUGCCCCGCACCACCUGUAUGCACAGGUGGCUUUGUUCUGGAACAGCAAAAGAUCCCUGAUAAGUGCUGUGAAACGUACAAUUGCGUUUAUCCAGCAAACAAGUGCCUGUACAAUGAAACCGUUGUAGGAAGGGAUCGAGUCGUUGAGUAUGAGCCCAAUGAGACCUGGAAUGACGGACUAUGUAAGCACUGUCAAUGUGUGAAGAGGCAACCAGGCCCUGCUGAUAACUUCUACGAUCCCGUCUGUGAAAUCGAAAAAUGUCCGAAAAUAACGGAGGAAUAUGAACCAGUAGAAACACAUGGCAAAUGCUGCCCGGACGUUGUCAAGAUGAGGUGCAAGUUCAACGAGCACGUGUAUCUGGAGCAUGAAACUUGGCCUUCACCGGAUGGAGACCCAUGCAAGCUAUAUAGUUGUCAGCCAAAUCCUGACGGUACCGGAGUCUAUGCCUUGCUGAGUGUAACCUCGUGCAAGACUGACUGCAAGCGAUCUGAGAUAUACGUUCCACCAAGACCUGAACGCAAUAUUUGCUGCGGUGAGUGUAUCAGGGACAAGUGUGAGGACAAUGGCAAACUUUACGAGGUUGGAGAGACCUGGACCAGUCCAGAAUCUGAGUGCGUUAUAAAUGAAUGCAGAAGAAAUGGUGAGGUUAGACAGCAGUACAAGGAGUGUUCACCUCCACAGUGUCCUAGGGAACAGCAAAUCUUAGAUAGCUCAGGCUGCUGUUACGAAUGCACGGAUAUACCAAUUAUCACCAAUCCGCCAAGCACAUGUGAACCGCGUCCAGUAGUAGGUAAGGAGGUUCGGUUUGUGGUGCGUGCCGAAGGUGGUACCACUUGUAGGAACCAGAGACCGGUUUAUGGAAUGAAAGAAUGUGGUGGAACCUGCGAUUCCAGUUCCACUUUUAACACGAUGAUAAAUGAUUUUGAGUCGGACUGCAAGUGCUGCACUGUUACGAAAGAGGAGAGCGCUGAGGUUGUCCUGCAGUGUGACAAUGGACACGAAAUCGUGCACACCUACAGGCAGCCGGUAGCGUGCGCCUGUACGGUGUGCUCACUAAGUGGCGGUGACAGCGGAUUUGACCUGCCCACCGUUGUGCCCGUCAAAUAGAUUGUCGGACUUACGCAUCCUCUACAACCACAUGGUUGAAAACCGCCGCAUCCAUGCAGCGCAAACGUGAUGUGUCCGGAGAAAAAUGUGUCACAAACGCACCUAAAAAAAACUACGAAAAUUUGUUUAAAAAACACAUUGCAUUAAAAACAAAUUAAAUAUGUCAAUCUUAAGCGUUUGUACAACUUUACUAAAGUACUACAUGAUUGCUCGCAAUUUACUGUUAUAAUAUACAGUACAAAUUAAUAAAAAAAAUAAAAAAAUAAACAUCUUACCAGAUUUGUAGUCUGGUAAGUAUCAAAAUCUAACAACGUUAAUAAAGGUUAUAACAGUUUAACAUAAAUUAAGUUUCUAUCUAUAUAGCUUUGGAAUAUAAAUCCAAGAACGAGAUAACGCAUGAUAUUACAGAUUCCGCGAACGUAAAUUCAUAGCUAUAUACAAACUUUUUUGUUUCAUUUGCUUCUGUGUAUAACGCAGUAGUAUAGACUGGUAGCUGUAGAUCGUUAAUAUAAUAAUGGUAAAUCAUGCACACGGUAGAUAUGGACAUACGAAAUAUGUGUUAAUCAAGUCCGGUUUUCGUUUUCUCAAACACUUAUUUUGUAAUAAACCCAGUUUUAAUAUUUCUAAGUUGUAUAAAUGUCAAAACAUUCCUGCAAAUAAAACGUUUACCUCUAAAAAUAAAA